UCAAUAUCAUAUAUAUUGUAUUUUCAUUGUAUAUAGUAAAAUGGGAAUCUAUGGAAAAACCGCCAGUAGCUUUUGGUAUGCCAAAGGAAUAUUCAGCCUUAGCAUAAAAAACUUCACCGAUGCCAUGUAUUAUUUUUUGAAAGCUGCCAAACAAAAUCAUACAGCGUCUCAAUAUUUGAUCGGCACAUUAUACGAAAAUGGUGAGGGUGUAGAUCAAGAUUAUGCUCAAGCUCUUGCUUGGUAUUUAGUCGCUGCAGAGAAAAAUAAUCCAAGUGCUCAAAACAACCUUGGUUGCUUAUAUUAUUACGGUGAAGGUGUUCAGCAAAGUUAUAAAGAAGCUGCUUAUUGGUUUUUAAAAGCAGCUAGACACGAUGAUGUGGGUGCUAGUGCUCAAAAUUGGAUGGGAUUUUUGUAUUACAAUGGUCAUGGCGUCGAAAGAAAUUAUAAGCAAGCUUUUUACUGGUAUAAAAAAUCUUCAGAUGGUGGUUAUGGUCGAGGCCACCUCAACCUUGGAAGACUGUACAGAGACGGUUUGGGAACUAAAAGGAACUACAUAGAGGCCUUUAAUCUCUUCAAAAAAGCCGCAGCGAAAGAGGUCGAUAACGCCAACUAUUAUCUCGGACAUAUGACAUAUCAUGGCCACGGUAUUGCUCGAGACUAUAAUGAAGCAUUCAGACUUUAUUUGAAGGCCGCUAACACUGGUCAUGCAACUUCUCAAAACAAUCUCGGGUGUCUGUAUAAACUUGGUCACGGCACAGAAGUAGACUAUGAGAUGGCUUUUUACUGGAUACAAAAAGCAGCUGAAGGCGGUAACGUUCAGGCACAGAACAAUUUGGGCUCUUUAUAUCAGCACGGUAAUGGUGUUCAAUCAAACAUUGAGGAGGCUUUUCGCUGGACAAAAAUGGCUGCCGAUUGCGGAAAUCCAGGGGCCCUAAACAACAUUGGAUAUAUGCACCAUAAAGGUCUAGGGACUAAAAGAAAUUAUACAGAGGCACUACACUGGUAUAAAAAGGCUGCUGACAACAAAGUUUCGAGGGCACACUAUCAUAUUGGAGAUUUGUACCGAUUUGGUAAUGGUGUUGAUCAAAACUAUACAGAAGCAAUUAUGCAGUACUCUAAAGCUUCCGUCAAGAGCGAUAAAGAUGCACAACUAGAACUUGGUGUCAUGAAUCUGCAGGGACUAGGUACAGAUGUCGAUCGCGAUGCCGCACUAGAAUGGUUUAAAAAAUCAUUGGAAAACGGAAACAGUACAGCACAAUCGUAUAUCAUGCAGAUAACUGGAUCAGAACAGAAGGUCACUUGUGGUACGAAUGAAGAAAAGAAAGAUAUAUACACUAGACCUGUAGAAUUAUUAUCGCUUUUGGACACAAAACACGACCAAGACUACGAUUGGAAUGCUUUAGGAAACGAAGAAAAGUCCAAAAUUGCUAAUUUGGAGAGCAAAAAAUUACAGUGUCUACAGACCUACGACUUUACAGAGGCUGUAAAAUCAUCAGCAAACAUGGAUGCUCCUCCUGACUACAUAACAACAAUGAAAUUAUUCAGCAUCGAUAAUUUGACUACAGAAAAACUAGGUGCAUGCCGUUAAAUCUAUUAAAAAAUAUUAUAUUUAAUCUUGUACAUGUAAAUAAAAGGCAUAUUAGAUAACUUU